AUUGGUCGGGGGCAGCGCUUUACAAUCCCCUCUUGUUUCCACCCUCAGCGCACGCUGCGGCUUCAGCUCGUCCAACUUUCGCUGAAGCCGGACGCAGACGCAAAAAGCGGCAGAGCAAAGUUGGAGAGCCUUCCUCCGCACUCGCCUUCCGAGUCUCCCGAUAAAGUGAACGCCGCGGGUAGGACUCGAAAACAAAACAACAACAACAACAACAAAACAUGAGGUCCGUUUCUGCUCUCUGGAGAACGAUCGGGAUGGUCGUGACGGUGGCGUUCAUGUCGGCGUGCAGAGCAUCGGAGUACGAGUACGUGAGUUGGAAGAAGGAGAGCGCGGGGCCCAUCUACGGCAAGACCCCCCAGUGCGUGGGGAUCCCGGAGGACCUGCGGCUCUGCCACGGCGUGGGCUACACUUCGAUGCUGCUGCCCAACCUGCUGGAGCACGAAACGAUGGCGGAGGUGAAGCAGCAGGCCAGCAGCUGGGUGCCGCUGGUGCACAAGAGGUGCCACACUGGCACGCAGAUCUUCCUCUGCUCGCUCUUCGCACCCGUGUGCCUGGAUCACCCCAUCUACCCGUGCCGGAAGCUGUGCGAGGCGGUGCGGGACGGCUGCACCCCAAUCAUGGAGGCGUUCGGCUACCCGUGGCCGGAGAUGCUCACCUGCGACAAGUUUCCCGAACAUGACGUGUGCAUUGCCAUGACGCCCAACGUCACUGAGACCGUCGAGACUACAGGCUCUUCUCCCAUCUGUCCUCCAUGUGACAAUGAAAUGAAAACAGACACCAUGUUGGAGCACAUGUGUGCCAGCGAGUUUGCUAUCAAGGCCAAGAUAAAGGAGGUGAAACGAGAAAACACGGACCGCAAGGUGAUCCUGCAAAAAAGAAAGAAGUUGAUAAAACAAGGGAACCUGAAGAAGAAAGACCUGAAAAAGCUGGUGUUGUACUUGAAGAACGGCGCGGACUGCCCCUGCCAACAGCUGGACAACAUAGUGAACCAGUAUCUACUCAUGUUCCGGAAGGUGGAUAAGCAGUACCUCCUCACAGGCAUCCACAAGUGGGACAAGUCCAACACGGAGUUCAAGAAGGCCAUGAAGACACUGAAAACCCACCAAUGUCCUGAAUUCACCAACGUCUUUAAAUAGUACACCCGCAGCCCCCGAAUCCGGUUGAAUUGCAUUCUACAUUCGAACUGGUAAAAGCAAUGCCAAACUUUGCUUUCUGUUGUCCUGUUUAUAUCCCUACAUAUCUCUGUAUUUUUUACACUUAUUCUUCAGAAUGUCCACUGUUCGAUUUAGGAUAAACUCGGCGGUGAAUGACGACAAAAGAUGAGUUUCCUGUGUGCCCUUCAGGUCAAGGAGAAAGACUGUCGAGUCAGAGGGUGGGUUGGUUUUUAUGACCAAACGCUUGUAUUUCUAAGAGUUAGAUUAAUUCUGCUUACAAGUUUUCUUUGGUAAAUAUAAAGUUAUGUCAAUUUUAUUUUGAUGUAUGUACCUGAAAGUAGCAAACAUUAUAUAAUUGUUGCUAUGGAUAGGCCUUGCUAGCAUGUUCCUGCUUCAAUAUGCUAAUGCUGGCUAACGAAUGAAAAUAGGCAAGAAAAACUAUUUUUGAGUCUAGAGAACUUAAUGUUUUAACCUUUAUGUGUCUGCUUGAGCUUUGACAGUGACAAAAAGUAUGAAAUAUUGCUUCUGUAUGAUAAAUACGUGUCAAGCUGAGCGAUACACAGUUAGCAUUAAGAAAAUGCUUUUUGUUGGAUUUUAUGAUGCACAUUGCAAAGUCUUCUUUAGUAUUGGUUCAUGUGUUUUUCUGUGUGUUUAAAAUGCUGAGUCUGGCACAGUGUAUCUAAACUUGGUGUUUAUGUCUGUUCUGCUUUGACAUUUCUAGUCCAUUUUAGCACAAUUUCUUUUUUCAUAUUUGAAUGUCAGUAUUGCUUAUUACGUAUACUGUACAUAUAAAUUUGACAUAAAAUAUGAAAAAAUAAAACAGUGUCACAAAGUAUUAA